AUGAGUGUCAGGCCGUCUUCUGCGAUCAUAUCAAGUGCUAGGCUGCAAAAUAUUCCAGCCCAGUUGUUAUCCAUUCCGAUUACAAGUAGGAAAUCCUACAUCUAUUAUAAGCACACUCAUUCCGGAAGUGGUCAAAAAGCAUCGUUGGAAGACCGAGUUGUUGGAUGGGCGUCCCGGACAUGGAUGAAGCUGGAGACAAGUGAUUUGAAAGUGAAUAAAAAGAUCGUUUUGUAUGCACACAAAUUACUAGAUCGGAUUCCUUGGGACGAAGGCUCUCUAAGAUCUAUACCCGCCAGAAGGACAAUUGCGAAAGAAUUUGAAGAUCAGUUCAAAGCAGAGAAACAGUCUGAGUAUGAUGAUGCUGCUAUUGGGAAAAUGAUUCCUCUCUUUUACCCAGAGCAAAUCACUAACACUACCCGAUUGCAUAACCAACUUGUCAAUCAUGCUACAAUGGGAAACAAGUAUCACUUCAAGAUGAUGGUGACUUCAUUGGUAGUACUUCCAUUUACGUUGCCUUUAGCCUUAGUGCCUGUGGUCCCAAAUAUACCCGGAUUCUAUCUUGCUUAUAGGGCAUACUGCCAUUUCAAAGCAUACUCAGGUGCUAAACAUUUGGACCUCCUGCUUGGAGAGCAGAAUGAUGGAUUUCACCUCAAAUACGUCCCCGUUCACAACAUGUUGAAAUGGUACCGUGCUACAAAAGAUCAACAGAUCCAAAAGAACAUUGAAAGUUAUCUUGAAAAUAUUGACAACGAAGAUGCCGAAGCCGCAGAGUUAGUCUUGCUUUCAGAAGAGGCAAUUGAAACUCUCACAAAAGAAUUGGAGCUGCCAGAGCUAAUCUCUCCAUUGAAAAUGGCAUUAAAACAGGAAAAGUCUAUGCUAGCAAAACAAAAGGAAUCUGAUAGAGAAACAUAA